UAUUCCGUAUGUUGGUGAUGUUUUGAGAACAAAUUUCUCGAUUUUAUGCCGAAAUAUGGCUUCGUUUUCUGAAUCAAGCUUUGCCAAGAAGUUGAGCGAUCUCAACAAUUCACAGCAGAGUAUUCAGACGUUGUCCCUAUGGCUGAUUCAUCAUCGAAAACAUGCGAAAUCGGUGGCCAAAGUUUGGAUCGAGGUUCUCAAACAAGCUCCCCCGAAACAGAAGCUGUUAUUCUUCUACCUUGCCAAUGAUGUCGUCCAGAACAGCAAGAAGAAGGGGCCAGAGUUGAACGGUGCAUUUAGGACAGUCCUUCAGGAAGGAUACAAACAUUGUGUCAGUGAAGUGGACGAAAAGACGAAGUUGUCUAUGAUGCGCUUGACCAACAUCUGGGCUGAGAGAGGUGUCUUUGGUAGAGACUUCAUAGCCACACUCAGGAAAAUAUUAGCUGAAUUACCGUCUCCAUCCACGCCCGUUCCUCUAGACAGUGCAAGCACCAGCACGCCCAGCAGCCAGGGCAGUAGCUCCCACUCGCAGAAGGAGAACGACCGCAAAACUAAAUCCAGCCGCAAAGACAAGAAGAGGGAGGAGAGUAAGAAGAAAGAAGAGCACAAGAGGAGGGAGGAUGGAAAGAAGAAGGAAGAUCGACGACGUAAGCACAAGGAGGAGAGUGAUGCCAAGGAAACGCCUGCCAAGAAGAAGAAAAGCGAUGCAGAGCUUUCAUUGGCUAGGGAUAUUGAGACGGAGCUGAAGAAUCGUGUUUUGAGGGAAGUGCCAGAGGCUGAGGAGUUGGUGAAGGUACUGACUGAUCUGGAGCAUGCAGCAUCAUUUGAUGCAGUCGUCCGGGAGAAAAUUGCUGCUCUUCCCCCAGAGGUGUCGGAUACAACAGUUUUAACAAAACUACAGGAUCGCGAGUCGGUUGAAAAUCUGUGUACAAAAGUGGAUUCCGCUGUUUCGCUACUUGCCGAGUAUAAUCAACGGUUACACAACGAGUUGGAGGACCGGAAAAAAAUGGCCAUCAUGCUGCGGGAUUUCAUCGAGCAUCAGAAGGAACAAGUAGAGAAAGACAAGGCCAAGUUGGAGGAGGCCAAGGCGAAGUUGUCAAAAGUAGCUGCCAUACGAGUUGAACUCCAGAGCCAUCUCAGCAGUAUGCCAGAUCUGACGUUACUCCCAAACCUAACGGGUGGACUCGCUCCCCUUCCCUCUGCUGGUGAUCUCUUCAGCGGCGUGGGCGAGAUGUGAAUCCAAGCGGCAUUUAUCGAUAAAGACAUUACGAACAAUAGUUGACACAUUCACCGAUUGUUGAACUUUGUGCUUUCUGAGUUCUGACCCGAGCUGAAAGAUUGUGGUCUUGUGUGCAGAGAUGUCACUUCAAGUGCAGAAUUGUGUGAGCUGUUUUGCAGUUCUGAGUCAAACCAUUAUGCUCACAAUGUGAGAGAAAUAUGUGGUUGUUAGAGACAAAGGAAGUAGGGUCUUGAGUCCUGGAGCUGGCUAAUAUUUGAUAGGCAUCAUCUUUGGGUUUGAUGUUGAUCAAAAGUUUGACUCUUGUGCAUGAGUAAUUCCUGUGCCAUAUGUACCAAUGUACAGUAAUGCCCUCACACAAACAAAUUUUUCAUCCAAUUUUCUAAAAGUACUGUUUCAGGGCCUGGAGCUUUAAUGUAAUGGGCCACUUGUUAGACCAGAAUCAGCAUUUUCUUAAAGGUUGAUGGAAAAUUUGAUUAUGUGCAGUACUUUCCUUGGCUUGGCUUGGAUUCUGUGAAAUCAGACUUUACGGUUUAAUUGUGAUGAUGACGGUGAACAGUGUCAUAAUUGUGUCAAAAGAAAUCUGUAACUCCUACGACCAGCAUAGCAUUGCUGAUCUCUUUGAUGAAUAUCUCUGCUGGGAGAGAAUUGUUGGUUAUUAGGAGUUGUCGGAUCUUCAAGCAUUCUGUGUUAAUACUAGAGCAGUAUAAAUAUGGUGCCUUAGAACUUGCCUGGGAGAAUCAGUCGCCCAGCUUGCCUGGGGGGAAUCAGGCAGGUAUUUCAACUUGCUGAGCUAGCCUGUCCUGAGAAAUAAAGUAUUGGUUAAAAUUUACAAUCCCCGAUCGGAAAUGACGUAGUUUGAUCGCAUUCAACUAUAAAUCCAGUCAACCGAUGACCUUUUUUUGGGGUGUGAUCGGGGAUUGUAAACUCGUUCCAAAGUAUUUCAGUACCCCCGUGAUGUUGGAUAAGUUGCACUUUUGGAGUGUUCAAAGGAAUGAUGUGUGUUCAUAUGGUAAUGAUGUUUUGUAAGCAUGAUUUGCAUCAUGGAUAGAAAAAAAUGCACCACCAGAAAAUGUGCAUGAACUGAUUUUGUGCGUGCACUACAGAGUAACCCCAUGGUUAAUUCUUUACAAAAUUUAAUACAUAAGUUAUGUCAUAAUAUUGUUAGGUAGUUACCAAAUGGACACCUGUUACUUCAGAAAAUUUACCAAUGAGUGCAAAACUGUUGGUUUGUGAUGCACUCAUUUUUCCCUGGGCAGGCUGCUCGGAAAGUUGGAAAACCUGUCUUGAAUACACAUGAUUCUCAGUCAGCUGGGGAACUGAUUCUCCAGGGUGGAACUGCUAUAGUUGUUCGAGUAAGAUAGAGAGGCCGAUACAAGAAAAUGAGCAUCAAAGCGUACCGCAAUCGAGCAAUUUUUGUCACUGCGACUUGCAAGCAUCAUUGCGGUGAUGAGGGACAAGAUUGCUGGUCUGUGGGUAAAAGUGAUUGAAGGUUGUGGCGAUUGCUGAUUCUUGCCGCAGGUACGUGCAGCUUUGUAGGUGCCGGAGAUGACUAUUGCAGUAAGAGAUAGUUGUUGCAUGCAAUCGUGAUUGCAGGUCGCUGCAAUAAAAAUUGCUUGUUUGCAGGGUGCUUUAAGUAGGCCUGAUCAUGCAACUAUGGAAGUUUAGAAUCAAGGAGAAAAUGUUGUAUUCAUUUCGGAAAUUUAGUCAAAACAUUUUUAUGUGAAUUUGAGAGAGCUCCUUGUCUGAUUUUUGUUCUUUCUAAAGAAAAAGGAACUCCAUGCUAAAGGGUGUUGUAAAAAUGGGCCUAAGUUUGCCAGUUACAAAUAAAUAAUUACAAAUAAAUAGGUUUAUGUUGAAAUAUUACUGAUUUGAAAGAAUUGUCUCAAGUGACUGUUGAAGUCAUGUGCUAAAAUAUCAAACGAUAUGCUGAUCAGGUGAAAGAAUUUGAUUGAACAAGUGUUACCAGUAACUACAGGAGAUGGUUAUGCUAAUUAUUGGUAAUGAACACAAUGAAUUCUGAACUUGGCUUUCCUAGUUUAUCUUUAUCCGUUUUAGCAUAAUCAGGUUGUUUUAGGUUAUUUUCCAUUCAUCGUGUCAGAAAUCAGACAGUUUGAUGUUUAUAAAAACUACUAGAAGUCAUUUCUAAACUUCCUGAUUUGUUAAGAAAACAGCUAGCCUCCUUGUUACGGAGGCUGUCCACCUUGGAACUGCAUGUGCAUUGCUGAUUUCAAAUUUCUGCUGGUUGUGAUUCAAAACGCAUUCCGAUUAGUUUCAUCGCGAAAAGACAAUAUUGCUUCUUAUAGGUAUGCACUGUUAAAUCAUUUGUUGGUGCAUGGUUUUCAAAAUAGUUUUGGCUGAACUGCAGAAAGACUUAUAUUAACCCUUUAGAUCCUAACCGGCCGAUAUCCGGCCACUGACUUGCGUCUAUAUAUCGCUAACCGGUCGCCGGUACUUAUCUAUAUUCUCGAGCAACACAAUCGCCAUCUAUAUUUAAGUAUGAAGCUAAGGCCAGUUUCCGGCUGGUUAGGGAUAUAUCGAUGAAGUAACAUAGACAUUCAGUGGCUGACUUGUACAGGGGUGCUUCGGGGGUCUUUUUGGUAGAAAUUUACUUGUACAGGGGUGCUUCGGGGGUCUUUUUGGUAGAAAUUUGCUGAAAUGUUCCGAGGAACUACGGUGAGCACAUAAAAAUGUUCCAGGAUCUAAAGGCUUAAGGGUCAACUUACCUGUUAAAUCAAAAUUGACUGUAUUGUAUUCUGUAAUAUAAAUUACUUUUAAUCAUGUUUGUGCAAGUUUUUGUUUCAUAAAGUUUCUGCAUGUACCUCAUGUAGGUAAAUUGCUUUAUGUCUGAACUUCUAUGACGAUCUUUUGUAGAGUUAGAAAAAUUGUUCAGUUGGUAUUGGCAGCCCGGUGAAUUCUGAAAUUUGGAGGGUUGGUUGGGGGUGGACUUCAGAAACCAAUGUUAGAUCACUGCUGUGCAGCCUGUGUAAAUUUUAUGUUCUUUGCAAGUGAUGUAUUAUAUGACUAAAAUGGCCCUAAUCUUGAGAUGAACAUAUUUUUUUUAGGGAUAGUCGUAGUCUUAAAUUUGUGAGAGUUUCAAUUAAAAGCCUGAUGAUCAUAUGUCAUGCAUGUGAGGUAUUAACGUGUGAUCUCCAUGUGUUGACUAUUUAUUUUCCACGGUGCCCGGUCGAUUGACCAUACUAAGGUGGGGAAUUCAAUUCUUGUAGUAAAAGACACGCUUUUGUGGCAAGUGAAUUUGAGGAGUUAAAGGAAGGCAUUUAACACGCCUCUAAAAUUUGUCAGAGAAAGGUUCCGGGUGAGUCGUUUGUGGCCUGUGACCUGUAUAUUCAAUUCUUUGGCAAAAGUGUUUUCAAAAGUUCAUUAAUAUCAAUUUAGCAUUUUAUUAAGCAAAGCUUGACUAUCAUUUUCAAUGAGCAUUUUAUGUGUUAUUUACUUGUUGUCAUUUUCCCAUUCUGACAGUCAGAAACUUCAUUGUGAUUGUCUAUUGUCAUUCCCUUCCGGAUUACUGUAAACCCUGAAAUUGGCAUGAUGCCUAAAUUUUCGCGAAACGUACUUUGACUAUUUCGCUUCAUCUAUGACUGAAAACGUGAAAUGUCCGCUUGUCUUUUGUUUUUGUGUUCAAAAAUUCGCGAAUUGCAAACACUACUGGGUUUAUCUGCGAAUCAGUGGAUAUCCUUAAGCACCGGGCAAAGAAGUGAUUUAAUCAGGUAAAACUGACUGUAUAUGGGAUUAAUGUUGAUCACAGGUCCCUACAAUCACCGAUUCUUUUCUCGGGCACUUGCAAUGAUGACCACCGCUAAUGAGUGAUUUUUGUUGCAUGUGAAAAUAAUCUCACAUCGUUGCGAAUUAAAUCACUUGUUUGUCGCCAUGUGGGGGCAUUGAGAUAAAGCCAAUACCUAGAUGUUUUAGUCCCUUGUUGUGAAAAUUGAAAAAGUGCAAACCUGCACUUAAAUGUCACUGUUUUUACAAUAAUCCCUUUCCAUUUUAAAGAGGUGGACAAUCAAUGAAUGCUUCCUCUGCUAUCUUCCAUUGUUGAUGUCUUCUGCCACCGAGAGGCUUCUUCGACUUCCAGCUACCAGUCAUGUAUGGUAAACCUGGAAAUGUUUGCUUGUCUUUUGUUUUUUCCUGACAGAUAGUCACAAAAGGGGGCAGCAGUAGUGCAGAGGAAGAGUCGGCCUCAUGAUCAGGAGGUCGUGGGAUCGACUCCCAACCGAGUCACUGCUUGGAGAGUGAGCGCCUUCUGGUUGCUCCUUGAAACCUCCGAUUUAUUUCUGUGGAGACCGGGUUAAUAAUAUGAUAUCCCAAAAGCACUUUGAACAGGGAAACAUGGAAAAGCACUCUAUUUUAGAACUCAAUAUUGUCAUUAAAACGUAUUAUUAAAAAAACACUGCCACAAAAAAUGAAAAUCUUAUUGAAAUUUUCUGUUUCGGGGUUGUCAAAAGGUUAAAUAAUAAGUACUGUAGAACCUCUCUAUUAAGGGCACCUUCGAGACUGACAAAUGCUAUCCUUAGUAGAGAGGUGUCCUGAUUAGAGAGGUCAAAUUGAAUGGAAAGUACCAAUUUGGGACCAAAACUAGUGUCCUUAAUAGAGAGGUGUUCGCUUAGGAUGGUUCCCCUGUCUGCAAAGUUGCAAUUUUUGUUUGUGGUGAUCAUCAUAGAUUGUACUUCAGGAUCCUGUCAUAGAUUCUCUGAUAGAAACCUCUGCCAUUGUGUACUUCACUCUCCCUUGAUCACCCUGGAGAAUCAUUUCCCCAGAUGGCCGAGCAUCUUAUCAGGCCUUCAGUUUGCCGAGCUUGCCUUUCCUCGGAAAGGUAUAUUUACUUAAUAAAGUUAGAAAAACUUUGUAGUUGGGUCUUUCAACGAAAAAUUCAUUCUCCAGGGUGUUGAUCAAAAGAAAUUUUUUUAAGUUAGGCUUAGAUUGGUGACCUGUUUAUGUAAUAUAAGAACACCUAGAGCAAUAUAUUUGAAAUAUGCAAAAGAUAAA